AUGACACACGACAAGCUUAACGGCAGCAUCCAUGUACCAACCCAACAGCUCUUCAACCUGCAUGGCAAGAUCGCUAUCGUCACUGGAGCCACUGGCGGUAUUGGACUUCCGGUGACAGUCGCACUUGCCGAAGCUGGGGCUUCGAUUGUGUCGAUUCAGGUUCCUAGGGACAUCAAUGCUGAUGCACUUCGAAUUGCCGUCGAGGCCACUGGACAAACAUUCAGAUACUUCGAAUGCAAUCUUAUGGACGCAUCGUCGAUCAAGACGUGCUUCACGGAGAUCUGGGAUGCCGGAAUUGUGCCGGACAUCCUCUUCCACGCAGCAGGCAUCACACACAAGUCCACUGUUGUUGAAACCAGCGUCGGAACUCUCGAUAGGGUCAUCGAUCUCAACAUAAAAGCUGCAUAUCUGGUCUGUCAAGCCUUUGGAGAACGGUUGAUCACGCUCGGUCGACCAGGAAAAGUGAUUAACAUUGCCAGCAUGGCUGCAGAUCUCGUGCAAGAGGGCGUCAACGUUUACUCUAGCAGCAAGGCCUUUGUCAGAAGCAUGACCAGAGGUAUGAGUAACGAAUGGGCUCGGUACGGCAUCCAGGUGAAUUCAGUCAGCCCAGGUUGGAUUGCGACAGGAAUGUGUCGAGAUAUGUCGCAAGACGCCGACUUUCACCAAUAUGUCGUUGAUCGGACAUCUUCUGGGAGAUGGGGUCAGCCGGAGGAUCUUCGAGGGGUGGUCAUUUUCCUUGCAAGUGCUGCGAGCGACUUUAUCACCGGUGCAGAUAUCUUGGUGGACGGAGGCGUGCUGUUCAGAUGA